GGACUAUUUGUGGCCUUGGCAUAAUCCUGCAGGGAACAAGGGAGAAACAUUUGCUUUGAAGAAGGAAAUAGUUGAUAUACAUGAACACAUGACCAGGUACAUCGAGGAAUUGCCUGUGCUCAUUCAAGAGAUGGUAUCAACUGUUCUUUUCUUCAAGAAAAAAAUCAACACCUUGGAAGACAGAAUCAACACCGUGAACAAUGAGGCCAUCAAAAACCAAGAAAACCAUGGAUUGGUGAAGUUGCUGCUGGAAUCAAAGGAAUUCUACACAGACCUUCUCCUAGAAGCAACAGAUGUAUUUGAAUGUAUAGACACUGACAUAGAGAUCGUGGUGGAUUUUGAGGAAGGGGAGGUGCAACCUGGUGGUGAAGAAUCAAAUUCGGAGGAGGAUGCGUCUAGCUCUGAGGAGGAGGAUUGUGAUGACAUUGGCAUUGAGUACGUGUAAUUAACCCUUUGAAGCCGGAUUUAUUUCAGAAAUCCCGAUCUUUUUCGACUUGAUUUGGUCUAAGUUUGCCUAAAAGGGUAUAGUGUCCCCAAAUGUCACUCGAAGCUAACAAAGUAUGCCACGAGAUGCUAACGUUUUCGGAACUCUGUGGCAUCUCUUAAGGCCCUUGCAGAGGUUCUCAAGAAGCAUGUUUGUGAAUAAGGUGACUUUUUGUAGUGAAAGUUCGAACUUCCAAUGCAGUUUAUUGGGAAACUACGCCACAGAUCAGGUGUUGUGACGACCCUAAAAUGACGUCGUAUGGCAAAAAGUGUCAACUGAGGCAAAACUGUUCAGUGAGAGUUUUUUUUGCUCGUCUGGCGCUCAGGAAUCUGCCAACUGUUCGACGAUACAGCGAUGUUCCGGCCCUCGGGACGAACUUAAUCAUGAGGGGGGUACCUGCUGCUGGUUAAUUUUUUUAUCUGACCGCAGGGGGCUAGGCUGAUGUCCUGCAACUCCCAAAACGACUUAGAAUUAUUGCCGGACCACUAGGGACCUUGAAAAAUGCCUUUUGUGUAAUCUGAUUUAUUGUGAAUCCACCAAUUAUGUAUAAG